UGGGUGUGGAUAAUGUGACUGCUUCUCUUGCGGGUUUUCAAACAUGAGCCAGGAAAAUGUUAAAAGCAGCAAGACCCUGCACGUACAGUUUGUGUCAGAUGAAGAUGUUCUGGAACAUAUCACUGACAAACAAGAAGGGGUGAAACUAAGGAGCAGUGCCGCAUCUCAGCGUAUAGUUAAUGUGAAGAAUUUAAUUAAGAGUGGGAAAGAAAAUGUAGAAGAUGAGACUCAAGAGACGUGGAAGGAGCUGGACUAUGUUGAAAUAUUGGGAUCUGAUGUCCAAGAUCCCCAGAAAAAUGGACUUGGUCUCAGCACAGGUGGAAGCGAAGUUUACUCUUUUUACACCAUCAAACGUUCAAACAAAAUGGCACAGCUUGCCACUGAAAUGGCCAGAACUCCUGCAAAAACUGUGACAUUUGGUACGUUAGGUGACACAGAGGAAGCAGUCAGUCCACCUGCAAGCUGCAAAAGACCCACAGCAAACAAAACCCCUUCAAAGGGUAGAAAAAAUGAAUUCAUAUCCACAACACCUCAUAGGCUGCGGAAGAGGCUGUCAGGACCCAAUCUGCGGUCCGAUAGUGAUAGUGAUUAUUCAGCUUCCAACUCUGAAGAUGAUCUAGCGGAGAAGCCUUCUGCCACAAAAACCCCAAGCAAAGUACCUCAGACACCAGGCAAAACCCCUUCAAAAAAGGGAAAGAAAACUGCAGCUAACAACUUGGUGGAAGAAUAUUUUGAAGCUCACAGCAGUUCAAAGGUUCUCACCUCAGAUCGGACUUUACAAAGGCUACAGACACCUAAAUUAGACCAGGAAACUUUACGCAAACUCCUGGAGACUUCACCUCCUGCUUUUGCUGCUGAACUAAAGAGUUUACAUAAGCAGUAUGAAGCUCUGUUCUAUAAGUGGAUGUUACAGUUACACCUUGGUUUCAACAUUAUUCUCUAUGGAUUAGGCUCCAAAAGGAACCUGCUGGAGAAGUUUCGAACCUCUAUGCUCAAGGAUUCACUUCAUGUCGUAAUUAAUGGAUUUUUUCCCAGCAUUACUGUGAAAUCGAUUUUGAACUCUAUCACAGAGGAGGCACUGGAUCAUCCAGGGACUUUCCGCAGCCCUUUGGAUCACAUGGAGUUUAUCAUACAAAAGUUUAAGCAAGAUUCGUCCCUAGAGCUGUAUCUUCUUAUUCAUAAUUUGGACAGCCAGAUGUUAAGAGGAGAUAAGAGUCAGCAACUACUUGGGCAACUGGCUUCUAUCCAUAAUGUUCACCUCCUUGCUUCUAUAGAUCACAUCAAUGCUCCACUUAUGUGGGAUCAGUCAAAGCAAAGUCAAUAUAACUGGCUCUGGUAUGAAACGACUACGUACAGCUCGUACGUUGAGGAGACAUCUUAUGAGAACUCACUGCUGGUUAAACAGUCUGGAGCACUGGCACUCAGCUCCCUCACACAUGUUCUCCGCAGUCUCACUCCCAAUGCCAGGGGAAUUUUCUGGCUGCUGGCAGAAUAUCAAUUGGCCAAUAAGGACAACCCCACAUAUACAGGGCUGUCUUUUCAGGAUUUCUAUCAGCAGUGUCGGGAAGCUUUCCUUGUCAACAGUGACCUGACAUUAAGGGCUCAGCUGACUGAAUUCCGUGACCAUAAACUGAUACGUACUAAAAAGGGUGUUGAUGGAGUAGAAUAUUUGUUGAUUCCUCUAGAUCUUGGAACACUUACAGAUUUCUUGGAAAUGGAAGACAAAGAGGCAUAAAAUAAGCCAAAAUCCACUGUUACUGUAAGACAAGCUAGUAAAGAUAUUGAGUCCCUUCUAAUAUUGUGUUUAAGAUCGAAAAAUGGAAAGAAAGUACUAGCACAGAUGUGUCACCAUCUAUUUUGACGAUUGAGUAGAUCAUGCAGUGGUGAAUAUGUUUAUGUAAAUGAAACAAAUAAUGAAGAAUAUUUUGUUAUUGAACAAAAUUAUUAUUAGCUGCUAUGUGGCAUCCAGAUGUCUUAAAUUAGAAAUGUUUUUCACGGUAUUAUGUAAACUGUGAAAUAUUUAUCAUGACAAGAUUGAUUCAAAGCUAAAAUAAAAUUACUUCAGUA